GCGUGCACUACUGUAGUUUCACUCUGGUGCAGGCAUCAAGCAGGAUGGUAUUAAGUACAGUUUACGGUGAUUUGAAUAAUUCUUUAAAAUUAAGUACUAGUAAUGUGAAUUUUUCAGAUUAAUUUGACGUAAAUAUUUCUUCCAUAGUUUGGUGGCAUAGAUAUGACAUAUUUUCUGGUACGUGACAUGCAUGUGGGAUGGAAUAUUUUUCUCUUUCGAAUCAAGUGCGAAUUCCGAAACUUGGAUUAGGGACGUCACAUUCCGGAGGAUAUUCGCACGAGGCAGCGGUCUAUGCUUUGAAAACAUGCGGAUAUGAACUGAUAGAUACCGCGAAACGCUACGGAAAUGAAGGACUGUUGUCGAAAGCUAUCGCAGAAAGUCAGCGUAAUCGGGAAGAUUUAUUUUUAACCAGCAAAUUGUGGCCGAGCGAUUAUGGGAAAUCGACUACCAAAUCAGCUUUGUUGGGAUCUCUAAAGCGGCUCAGUGUGGAUUAUUUGGAUCUCUACCUUCUUCACUGGCCGCUCGUUCCUGGAUGGUGUAGCAAUCCCAAGCAAUUGCUGGAAGAAACCUGGAGGGAAUUAGAACUUUUGUAUGAUGAAGGUUUAUGUCGAGCUGUCGGCGUGAGCAACUACACCGAAGAUGAUCUGAUUGAAAUGAUGAAUUAUGCCAGCAUUGUCCCCCAUGUUAACCAGUCGGAGUUCCAUGUCCUUAAUCGAUCUCCUUCCCUGCUGCAGUUUUGCCAGGACAAUGAUAUUCAGUUUGAGGGAUACUGUCCGUUGGGGAAAGGAACAUUUAUUAAAAUACCGGCGGUUAAUGAGAUUGCUCAGCAGUAUGGGAAAACACCAGCGCAAAUUCUGCUUCGCUGGUCUAUCCAAAGCGGAGUAGUUACCAUACCAAAAUCGACAAAUUGCCAGCGCCUACGCGAAAAUAUUGAUGUUUUGGACUUCAGUUUGGCCGAUCGACACAUGGCUGUUUUGGAUGCGAUGCAUGUUGGUCGAUGUCUAAAAAACCGUGAAGGUAUGCAAGAGAAGCUGGAUAAUGACCUGCCUGACGGAUACAAGCUUGGAUUGUGAAAGUGCAGUAUACAGGAUACCCGGGAUGAUAUGUCGUCUUCUUAGUCGUUUUUGUGCUGCUGCUAUUGAUAUCGAUCUGUUGAUUGUGUGAUAUUUCCCAAGUGAUCGUCCCGUUUGUUUCUUUUUUGUACUUUUCUAAUUUUUAUACACUGCCACCCUUUUUUGUAUUUUUUAUGUUUUCGACUUUGUGUGCAUUUCUGCCUACUUGUGCUUGAGUUUUGUGGUAAGUACUGAAGUUGAUAAAUGCAGUUGUUAGUGUAUCUGAUAAAGCUGUUCUACUCUA